AUGUCAUGCUCAGAGAUGAAAAUAACCUCCUCAAACGUUUUCUUCAACUACUUCAGGCUAUUCAGCCUCAGAUUCCCUCUUAUUACUGCAACGAUUAUCGAAUUUUCAGGAUUUGGGUAUGGUCUACUGAUCCCGUCAUGGUUGACAAUCAUGAACAGUUACUUCGACAAGAAGCACAACUUGAUGAUGGGCGUUACUCAGACUACGAUAUCUGUUGGAACAAUAGUGAGCCCACCAGUUGUUGCUUAUCUAAUGGAGGGUUUGGGGUUCAAAAAAACGUUGAUGGUUCUAGGAGGAUUAUCCCUACUCAAUUUUCCUGCUGUUGCUACGUUUCGUCCUGUGAGACGGUGCUUGGAGCAACAAUUGCCGGUAGCAUUAGAAAAUAUAGAUACAAACUCUGUUGCAUCAUCUCGGCAUUCAGAAGGAGAUUUAUUGAGGAGAAUCAGUUCAGAAAAUGGAGAAGACAUUCACAACCGGAUUUUAAUACAAUCCAAGAAACCUACCUCACAUAUUUUUAAACACUGGAUAUU